AUGAAAAAUCUUUGGACUUCAAUUGAGUGGUUCCCUCACAAACACGCCAAUGAAGUAAUGAUAAAAGCGGAUCCCAACGGCAUAUUUGUGGCCGAAGACACCGAUUCUGAGGAUUUUGCAAAUAUUGGCGCAUAUUGUGUUCGUCCGGAAUAUAGGGGACACGGAAUCGGACAGUCGUUAUGGAAUACAGGAAUGGCACACAUGGGGGACAGGAAUAUUGGACUCUUUGCCAUAUCUGAUAAAAUGCUUGCCAUAUAUAGAGACAAACAUAAUUUUAAACACAUCGCCAAUAGACAACUCGUUCUUAUGAGAGGAUCGUUUGUACCAAAUAAAGGGCUUAUCGACCGAAUAGAUGGCAUUUCUUUAGCGGUGAUCAGUGAAGACAAUAUUCUGGAUGUCAUUCAAUACGAUAGACAUGUGAACGAAGUCUCGGGUUUUUGUUUCCUAUUAAACACCACUUCUAACGCAACAAUGAUUGAACCCCUUUAUGCAGACAAUGAACAAAUCGCUGAAUUAUUGGUCAACAAAUGUUGCCAACAAUUGCCACAAAACCGAACUCAAAAUGUAAACUACGAGUGUUGGGACACUAAUAACUCGGCACAAGAAAUAGGAAACAAAUUGGGUUUAAUUGAAUUGAAACGCGAAAAGAAUGCAUUCACUAAGAAAGUGAUGAUUGGAAAUAUGGAUAAAAUGUUUGGAUUAUCGAGUUCUUUAUUCUUUGCCUCAUAA